AUGUCCACCAUACUAUCUUCAUAUAUUAAAAGAGAUGAUUCACCCACAACUACAACUUCAAUGCCUUCAUUACCUAGAUUAUCAUCAGAGCCAAGUUUAUCAAUAACAUCUAUACCGAAGAAUCAAAUAAAUCCUUAUAUAAAUGUAUCUAACUUGCCACUGAAUUUAGUAUUUAUAAUAGUAGGGUCAAUAUUAGGAGCAAUAUCAUUAGGAAUAAUACUAUAUCGAAUAAUAACUCAUUAUAUCUAUUCAUCGAAAGCACAAUUGGAAAAAGAGAUUUAUUAUUCAACAAAUACAUUUAAUAAUUUUAAUGAAUUAUCAUCAAAUUAUUCAUUUCCUAUAAGAUCAAGAACUACAUCAUUUAUAGAUUCUUCAUCAACAAGUUCACAACAAGGUAAAUCAUUACAAUCUCAUUUAUUAAGUGAUAAACAACAAUUUAGAAAAUCAAUGUUUUUAAAUCCAAGUUUAGAAUAUAAAUCAUUACAAUUAAACAAUAAUACGUCAUCAAUAUAUUUACAAAAUAAUAAUUCAUCAGUUGGACUGUUGUUCAAACCAUUAGGUCCAUUAGGUCCAUAUUUAGAUUCAAAUACAAUAACAUCAGUUGGAGAAAGUGAUUUAAAUCAAUCCAGUAUUGGUAAUGGAAAUUCAAGUGUUCAGACUACAUUAAGACCUCCCUCUUUAUACCUUGAAGAUUUAUUAAGUAGAUCUGGUUCAUUUAAUCUUCAUAAUGAUAAUCCCAAUGCAAAGAUGUGA